AAAUAUGAAGUAUCAAAGAGAGAAUUAAUUGCAAAUAUUUAUUGAGAGAGAAAUAUGAGAGAACGACGUCUGAUUAGAGUUUAGGAGUAGAUAGCCGUCGUCAAUUACCUUCCCCUAAAUCUUUGCCUUGCUUUCUUCUUGUUCUGCGUGCUCGCUGGUCAGUCACUACUGGUGUGGUACUGCUGGCAUUUCUUCUCUUUUGUUGUUAUUUCAUCAAGUCCUGAAAAAUUCAACUCUCCCGCAAGCAGUGAGUCUAAUUGGGUUUAUCUGCUUUACUCUUCACAAUUGCACACUAGGCCGAAGAGACGGCUUAGAAAAUCUGACUUGUCUUUUGAACCAAGUCACCAUCCUAAAUCAGAAAAUCACUUCACUUUUCUUUUCCGGGUACUCAACAUCAUUUUUUUUUCGGUUCUGUAUUCUCACCUGGAUAAUGCUAUUCAAUACUUUUCUGUGAAAAAUCCAGCUUUUGUGCUGAAUAUCUGAUCUGGGUUUCGUCUACGACAUCCUAAGAACCAUCAAAUCCCAAGUUUAGUUCUAUCUCUCUGAAAAUCAACACGGUGUUCUCUGCUCCUCAUCUGAGUGUUCUCUCUUGAACUUGGAUUUUGAAGCAGCAGGAAUAUGGGUCUCUGUAUCAGCAAAGAGAAGGUGCCGGAGCCAGAUGUUAACGGGCAUAGAUCAGGAGCGAAUGUUGUUAGGCAUCAACAGAGAAGACAAGAGCCUGUCGUUCAAGCGCAGCCCAAAAUUCCUGCCCAGCAGACCCACCUAUUACCCGAAAGGCGCCAGCCUCAGCCGCCGGCCGCUGCGCCAGUAAAGCCUUCUCCUCACUCCCUUGUUCAUAAGCAAGAUACGAUCUUGGGAAAGCCUUUCGAAGAUAUUAAAGCUCAUUACACGCUCGGAAAGGAACUGGGUAGAGGUCAGUUUGGUGUUACCUACCUUUGCACUGAGAAUUCAACUGGUCACACGUACGCCUGCAAGUCGAUAUCAAAGAGGAAGCUUGUCAGUAAAAACGACAAGGAUGACAUAAAGAGGGAGAUUCAGAUCAUGCAGCACUUGACCGGGCAAGCUAACAUUGUAGAAUUCAAAGGAGCUUAUGAGGAUAAGCAGUCGGUCCACCUUGUGAUGGAGCUCUGCGCUGGCGGGGAACUAUUCGAUCGGAUAAUUGCCAAGGGGCAUUACUCUGAGAGGGCUGCUGCAACCAUCUGCAGGGCCAUCGUGAAUGUUGUCCACAUAUGCCAUUUCAUGGGCGUGAUGCAUCGAGAUCUCAAGCCGGAGAAUUUCCUGCUCUCCAGCAAGGAAGAAGGAGCGCUGUUGAAGGCAACAGAUUUUGGGCUUUCUGUGUUCAUUGAGGAAGGAAAGGUGUACAGGGAUAUAGUAGGAAGUGCCUACUAUGUUGCUCCUGAAGUUUUGCGGCGUAACUAUGGAAAGGAAAUAGAUAUCUGGAGUGCAGGAGUGAUCUUGUAUAUUCUGCUCAGUGGUGUACCUCCUUUUUGGGCUGAAACGGAGAAAGGAAUAUUUGAUGCUAUACUACAAGGAGAUAUUGACUUUGAAAGUGCACCCUGGCCAUCUAUAUCAAACAGUGCCAAAGACCUGGUUAGGAAGAUGCUGACCCAGGACCCUAAAAAACGAAUUACUUCUUCACAAGUUCUUGAGCACCCAUGGAUUAUAGAAGGUGGAGAAGCAUCAGACAAGCCAAUAGACAAUGCAGUUCUCUUUAGGAUGAAGCAAUUCAGGGCGAUGAAUAAACUUAAGAAGCUUGCUCUGAAGGUUAUUGCAGAAAAUCUUUCUGAAGAAGAAAUUAAAGGGUUAAAAGCAAUGUUCACAAACAUGGACACUGACAAGAGUGGUUCAAUCACCUAUGAAGAAUUGAAGACAGGAUUGGCUCGACUUGGGUCAAAGCUCUCAGAAGCUGAAGUCAAGCAACUCAUGGAAGCUGCGGAUGUGGAUGGAAAUGGAACAAUUGAUUAUAUUGAGUUCAUCACUGCAACGAUGCAUAGGCACAGGCUAGAAAGAGAUGAGCAUCUAUAUAAAGCCUUUCAGUAUUUUGAUAAAGAUCAUAGCGGGUUUAUUACAAGAGAUGAAUUGGAAACAGCUAUGAAAGAGUAUGGAAUGGGUGAUGAAGCCAGCAUCAAGGAAAUAAUUUCGGAGGUGGACACGGAUAAUGAUGGGAGAAUCAACUAUGAGGAGUUCUGUACAAUGAUGAGGAGUGGAAUGCAGCAGCCAGUCAAACUCAUUUAAUGCCAGUGACGGCCAUUCUUCAUAUCUGCACUCAACUCUGAUAGAUUAUGAGCAAUAUUUAAUGACCUUUGGCAAGUGAACUACGUUACCAGUUUGGAGGGGCCUAGAAAACUGGUGAUCUCAUUGGAUCCCUGUUGUAUGUGCAGUUUCCUACUUUCCUUUUUCUACAAGGUCUUUUGCACUAUUCUCAGAUUCAACUGCCAAGGCGAACUUUGCAUGUAAGCUGUUGCUUUAGAUUGUUUGGAGGUUGUACUCUUUGUGCAUAUCUAGUUUCUGUAUCUUUUUUUUUUUUAUUUGCUUUUUUCUCGAAGAAUUUGUACUUAUGCCUUCUUGAAUACACUCAGUUAUAUUGAGUGACAUACAUGCAGAGUUAUAUGAGAAAAAACUGUUUUUGUUCUA